AGACACAGUUCUAUUAUAAGCUCUGACUGUCGCUAUCUCUCUCUGUCUCUGUAGUCUGUAGUCAGUCGGCGCGAGCGCGAGGUCGAGGUAGGAUGUGAGAGUGCCGACACUAUGUGGAUUACUUCAGUACAACUGUUUACGGUGUUGAGUUUAGUCUGCUUCAAUGUGUGCCAUGGCGUGGAGAAAGACAUUGAGGUAGAGUGCUUGGACUCAAAAGCAAUCACAAUCAAAGACGGUGGGAUAAUUGCCAAUUGUGCCCAAUAUGGUCUGACUCGUACCACUACUAAUUUCCACCACUGGCUGUAUGAACUGAAAGAUGUCUUACAGGCAGUGAAUAUAAGCCACAAUCACAUAAAGAAGGUGUCAAAGUUUUCUCCGUUACCGAGAGUGCUGAGUUUGAACCUCCAACACAACAGCAUUCGAGACAUCGACCCUCAGGCCUUCACUGAUCUCGAUAACCUCCAGAACCUCGAUCUCAGCGACAACAGAAUUAACGGAGAGAGUCUGAGAGGUGUGUUGGUGGGGAAGAAAGUUCAAGAACAUUACGAGCCGCUGCCCAUCCGAACAUUGUACUUGGGCCACAAUGACAUCAGCGUCUUGUACAGUGACACAUUCUUGCAUUUGGAGUAUCUUCGAGAUCUCCAUCUUGAUUACAACCCUCUAGUGGUCAACGAAGACUUCUCGAAGGCAUUGAGCCAUUUACCUGACCUUAAGCUGCUGAACCUGGCUGGUGCGGGGCUCAAGAGUCUGCCAAAAGACACAUUCUCGGGGCUGCGGCUGACAAAACUGUUGCUAAAUGGGAAUCAGUUCACACAAGUGCCGGCAUUAAACGAGCUGGGGAGUUCGUUACGAUUGCUCAACAUCAACCAGAAUCCCAUCUCCGAACUGGACGCUAGCUCAUUCUUGGGACUCCGCAGUAUAAGUGAGAUCGUAGUCUCGGGUAUGCCCAAAUUGUCGACUGUCAAGGCGGGGACUUUCUCCAACCUCGAGAACCUCCGAGUUGUAAGCUGUUCGUACAAUCCGGAACUGACCAGUGUUGACGAAGCAGCAUUCUGGGACAAGACUGUAAAACAUUUUACUCUUCAAGAGGUGUAUUUAAAUGACAAUGCACUGCAAACGAUCCGUAAGACUCUACUGCCAUGGAUAAAGAUGUCGAAGGUGACCUUGGAUGGGAACCAGUGGGUGUGCGACUGCCAGUUGCACUGGCUGGCCAAGUUCCUUCGUAACAGGAAUGCUACCGUGGACAGGCUCAUGGACGUCAAGUGUUGGGAUCCCCCUUGGUUGAACGGAACUCAGAUGGUAUUUUGGAAUAUUGAUUUGGUCAGUAGACAUGAGAACUUUCCCUGUCAGGCCGAGUUGGAAGCGGAACGUAAGGAAACAGAACGUAAGGAAAAAGAACGUCUGGAACAAGAACGAUUACGUCAGGAACAAGAACAAUUACGUAUGGAACAAGAACGAGUACGUCUGAAGCAAGAUCAAGCAAAACUGCACCUGGAACAGGAAGUCAAAAAUGUGCCAGCUGAAACAGAAGAAUCAAGUGUCAAGUUUUACCAUCUGAUUGCCAUCGUGGGAAUUAUUGCACUUGUAGUUUUAAUAGGUUCUGUCAUAGCAUUUAACAAAUACAGGAACUACCGACCAAUCUAUAAUGUUGAGAAAAUGUCAUCACCUAUGCACAAUGAAAUGAAGGACUUAAAAGGAACAUUGGCGGAAAAAUCUCAUCUUGUCGGUUAAAUUAUUUGUUAUUGCAAAAUUCUACAUUCACUAAGUGUUAUUGUUGACUGAUAUUUUCAUAGUUUUAACAUUUAAUGUAUAAUUUUUAUGUUGCAUUUCAGAGCUAAUCUUAAUGCAACAAACAGGGUGCAGAAUAACCUUUGAAAGACGCAGCUAACCUAGUCAAAUGUGAAAAUGUAAUUAGUCAGCAUUGGUAAUGCUAUUAACAUGUAAAUCUUAAAGGAGAAAGAUUUUUAUAUAUUUACAUGAGUCACAUUUCUUCUACUCUUUGUACUUCAUCAAUGAAAUUCUGAUUUUAACUACAUGAAAAUACUGUACACACUGUUUAUUUUUACAGCCUGUGAGGAAAAUCCAUUAUUAACAGGACUUUAUAUGUAGUCUAACGAAAUAUGGAAGUUUUUUAUCUGUCGGUUUUCAUUCUAAUAAGAAGUGAAAUGCUAUAUAUUUAAUAAAUAUCAGAAGAAUAACACAUCAUUUUAAGUAGCCAUUCCUAGUUGAUAUGAAAUCAUUCUUCUAGGAAUUGUUCUAGACAAAAUAAAAUGUAUAGAAUAUAUA